GGUGUUAUAUUUAUUUAUUAAUUUCACACAAAAUCUCUCUUUUUGUUAUUAUCAUUUGUUAUAUUUAUAUAAUUAUUUUGUAUUCUGGAAAUUCUUUUAAUAUUGAUUUCUUUUAUUUGAGAUGUCAUGUUUCUAUGGUUAUAUGGUACUUUUUCAGUAUUGUUAAAAAUGGCACGUGGCUCCUUUAAGACUUAUGUUCCGGUUCUGGUUGCUCUCCUUCAGUUCGCGGUAAGCGCGACUGAAGAGAGGUUAGUUGUGCUGAAGCUCCGUCUAAAAAGUUUGAUAUGGGUUUUUUUUAUUGUAAUAAGACAUGUAAUUUUGUUCUUAAAUUCACUUUAAUCUUAUUCAAACAUGUAUGAAGUUUGUGUGAAUGAUAUGGAGCAUGUAUUUUUGGAGAGAGUUCAUUAAGCAUGAGUGUGCAAGCUCUGUGGCUAAAAUAAUGCUUUUCACGGACAGGCUGGUGUUCCAGUUGUGAGAGAAGGCCACAGAUUGAUUAAUUUGUUUCUUUAUUCAUGCAGGUAUGUUCUCUUUCAUGCUUCUGAUAAUAUUGUUUUGAAUUUAUGUAAAAUGCUUUAUUUUAUUUAGUUUUAUUUUUCUAUUUUUUUAUGAAAUAUGUUGAACACAAUUGAUUUUGAUUUACAUGAAAAGUGUAAAAUGUGUUCAGUUCGCGGUAAGCGCGACUGAAGAGAGGCUGGUGUUCCAGUUGUGAGAGAAGGCCACAGAUUGAUUAAUUUGUUUCUUUAUUCAUGCAGAAUAAAAUCUGGCCAGAGUAAUUCCUGUUGCCCGGUCUUGUUCAUUUAUCCACACAACGCAGAGCUAACGAAGGCCGGUCACACAGGCUCAGGUGAUGACAGGAGGCCGUUUCCUUGCUCUGUUGGCGGGCGGUAUGGCUGUUGGUUCUUGGUGGGCUGGCGGAGAACUCAGAAAUGUCUACUUGACUGAAGAUGGAAGAGAAAUCUUUAAUCUCUUCACUUCUGUUGGCAAAUGGAUGAAGAUGCGAAUUGCUCGGUGGUCUCCUUUGGAUCCAUUAGAGUGUUCGGUUGAACACAUAGUAAUCUCAACUCGUCCAGCGAGAUGGAGAUUGUAUGGCCACAGUUUCAAGUCGGACGUAACUUCCUUGUGCCACGAGGUUGCACCUGAGAGCAGCGAUGAACUGCGUCUAUACAGGACGUACAAAGUUGCUGGAAGCAAAUCCUGGAAGCAUUUCAGAGGGACUUCAAUUGAGCAGGAUGAGAAGAUCCCAGGGACAUCAGACAUCCAUGAUGAAAACGGACUAAGGCCUGUCAUGGUAUACAUCCAUGGCGGGUCCUACAUGGAAGGUACGGGCAAUAUGAUUGAUGGCAGCAUUCUGGCCAGCUACGGAAACGUCAUCGUAGUGACCCUAAACUACAGACUGGGGGUGCUGGGGUUCCUGAGCACAGGUGACCAGGCAGCCAAAGGGAAUUAUGGACUGUUGGACCAGAUUCAAGCACUCCGGUGGAUCAAAGAAAACAUCCAGGCUUUCAGAGGUGACCCUAAGAGGGUGACUAUAUUUGGAUCAGGAGCUGGGGCAUCCUGCGUAAGCUUGCUGACCCUGUCGCACUAUUCAGAAGAUUUGUUUCAGAAGGCCAUCAUCCAGAGUGGGACUGCUUUGUCAAGCUGGGCUGUGAACUACCAGCCAGCCAAAUACACACGUAUAUUAGCUGAGAAGGUGGGCUGCAAUAUGCUAGAUACAAUAGAUCUGGUGGAAUGUCUACAAAACAAAAACUAUAAAGAGCUGAUUGAGCAGUACAUCACACAGGCCAAGUACCACAUUGCCUUUGGGCCAGUUAUUGAUGGGGACGUCAUCCCUGAUGACCCACAAAUUCUGAUGGAACAAGGAGAGUUCCUCAACUAUGACAUCAUGCUAGGCGUCAACCAGGGUGAAGGUUUUAAAUUUGUAGAUGGCAUUGUGGACAGUGAGGAUGGCGUCUCUGCAAAUGACUUUGACUUUGCUGUGUCUGAUUUUGUGGACCACCUCUAUGGAUAUCCAGAGGGCAAGGACACACUUCGAGAGACCAUCAAGUUCAUGUAUACGGACUGGGCUGACAAGGAGAACCCAGAGACGAGGCGAAAGACUUUAGUUGCACUUUUUACUGAUCACCAGUGGGUGGCACCAGCAGUAGCUACAGCGGAUCUGCAUGCACAAUACGGAUCUCCAACUUAUUUCUACGCCUUCUACCACCAUUGUCAGAGUGAAAUGAAACCUAGUUGGGCAGAUUCGGCACAUGGAGAUGAGGUGCCUUAUGUGUUUGGGAUUCCCAUGAUUGGCCCCACUGAUCUCUUUAACUGCAAUUUCUCGAAGAAUGAUGUCAUGCUCUCUGCAGUCGUAAUGACUUACUGGACGAAUUUUGCUAAAACAGGGGAUCCAAAUCAGCCAGUUCCACAAGACACCAAAUUCAUUCACACUAAGCCUAACCGCUUUGAGGAAGUGGCCUGGUCGAAAUACAACCCCAAAGACCAGCUCUACCUACACAUUGGGCUAAAGCCAAGGGUGAGAGAUCACUAUCGUGCGACUAAGGUUGCCUUUUGGUUGGAGCUAGUGCCUCAUCUUCAUAACAUCAAUGAACUAUUUCAGUAUGUCUCAACCACGACUAAGAUACCUCCUCAGGAUACCACCCCAUUCCCUUAUACUAAGAGACUAGGUAAAACAUGGCCAUCCACCACACGUCAUCCUGGAGUUCCUCCUGCAAACACCAAACAAACAACAGACCAACGCAAAGGAAAUGAUCUGGGUGAUGACUCAGCGGUGGUGAUUGAGACAAAGCGAGAUUACUCCACUGAGCUCAGCGUGACUAUCGCGGUGGGUGCUUCCCUCCUCUUCCUCAACAUUCUGGCCUUUGCUGCCCUCUACUACAAGAAAGAUAAGCGGCGACAUGAGUCCAACCGACGAGGGCCCAGUCCGCAGCUGAACUCUGCACCGGCUAAUGCAGCAGCUAACGCUAAUGACAUAGCGCAUCUGCAGAGUGAGGAGUUGAUGUCACUCCAGAUGAAACAUCAGCAAAUGGAGCAUGAGCACCAUCAUGAGUGUGAUUCUCUUCAAGUUCACGAUACGCUUCAUCUUACCUGCCCGGCCGAUUAUACGCUUACUCUGCGACGUUCACCUGAUGACAUCCCACUCAUGACACCAAGUACCAUAACAAUGAUUCCUAACUCACUAGCCGGAAUGCAGCCCCUGCACAAUUUUAACACAUUUGGAGGUAGUCAGAACAGUACCAACCUGCCCCAUGGUCACUCCACCACCAGGGUAUAGCUUUGUGCAGUGGACUUUAGGACAUGGUCUGCAAGGGCACAAAGAUAAGGACCUUUAUUUGUCAUGGUGAACUGUGCUGACUUUGUUCCACUCUAAGACUUAUCUUGGUGGAUGAGAUGUUAUUUUCCUAUUAAGCCUUCUUGCAGAAUAUAUGAAAGUCAAAUAUGACCUACUUGCGAAUAAAUAAAUAAAUAAAUAAAUAAAAAGAAUGUUACUAAAGUAAUACUUUAUUUGGAGCCAAGUUUGUUUAGGGCAGGGGACUUCACACCAAAAGACAAGAAGAACUUUUUUUCUGAGGGACAGUUUUGCUUGUAUAGACAACAUAUACACACAAACAACAAAGAGUGCUGUACAGUAUCUGACAAAGCUUUGUAUUUGCCAUACCAUAUGUCAUAUACCAAGAGCAAAAGAGAGCAAUGGAUUAUGAUAACUAUAUUUCAAGCAAACACAUUAAUAUUAUUUUCUGAGAGUGUUGUCACAUACCAAACAAGUGGACUGAAUUAAAAAAUCCCAGCCUGAAAUGUAAUUAUAACGAAAUAUGUAAAGAUGACAAAAAUGUAAAUACUUAAGUCAAAUACAAAUAUUGAAAUAUUUACAAAGCUUUUAUUGUUGUUUAGUUGAAAAUAUGACUAUUACUAAGCUUACACUUUUGUUAAGGUGUGUGUAAAUAUACGUACAGUCACUAUCAUUUCUUUUUCUUUUUGAAAUCCUGUGCUAAACAACCUAUACACAUGAAAAAGAAAUAAAAGAAAAGACAGCAUUCGUAUUCUAAAGCUUCCAAAUAUCCAUGCCAAUCAUUCGAGUGUUCCUUUGUCCCUAGGAUUGACGAAUAUUGCAUGUUUGAUUGCUGCUUUACAUUUGAUGACCCCAUACAGUGACCCCAUUCAGAGCUAAAAAAAAAGAAAGAUUGCCUCUAAUUACAUUACAGUGCUGGGUGAAGUUGCCAAUUUAAGAUGUAUAGAGAUUUGUCUCAUUACAUGUAAUCUUGGGGUUUGGAUGGAGGAGGGUAGUCACAAAUCAGAGCAACUUGUACUCACAACCUACUCAUUUUACCUGCAUAAACCUCUUUAUUGUUUAAAUACUUUUUUGUUUUAAUCUGUAUCAUCACUGCCUGAGCUUCAUAUGUGACCAGCAUUGUAUAGCUAAAAAUAUCUAUUAAAAACACAGGCACUGGAUUUAGGUAUCUAUGUAUAUUAGUUGGAUAUAUUUGUAAAAAAAAAAUUAUGUUAGAUAUUUCUAUUCGUAACAUGCUGGCAAAACGUAAAGUAUUGUGCCAGGCUUGUGAUAUUAUGGGUUAAAACAUAAGUGAAUGAGUGUAAAUAAAAACAACUAUGAUUACUAUAAAUAAAUAAAAGCAAACAAAAAAUACCCCUGACAUUUUUUAGUUCUGCAUCCUAUAACAAAAGAUUUUCAAAGAAAGAAUUAAAAAAAUAAAAUACGUGGGAGUUUAUAAAGUUACAUUUUUAUAUUAAAUCAGUCCAUUUUAGCCCUUGGUUCUUUAAUUGUCAGUCCAACAAGGGUACAAUGUAGGAUUCUAAAUAAUAGUUUGUCUUAUAUUGUUUGCAGUUUUUGCCUUAAGUGAUAGAUGAUAUUUCUGGCUGGACACCUGUAUAAACUGUUUCUGCCGCAUUUUUAAUAAA